UGCAGUGCAGUGAGCCUCCUCGUCAGCAGAUGGCGCACUACCGCCCUUUCUAGCCAGGGCGGAAAUGACGCAAUAUCAAACCUCCGCACAUUUCCACGUGCGAGCAGCUGCCUCCUUUCAACUAAACUAGCAAGUUGUCUUCUCCACGAUGAAACGACCGAAGUUAAAGAAGGCAAGCAAGCGGCUUUCUUGCUCCAAACGUUACAAAAUACAGAGAAAGGUCCGUGAGCAUCACCGAAAGCUGAGAAAGGAGGCGAAAAAGAAAGGAGUGGGCAAACGAGUGAAAAAGGAUCCCGGGGUUCCCAGCAGCGCUCCAUUCAAGGAAGAAGUCUUAAGGGAGGCAGAGCAGAGGAAGCUACAGAUCGAAGAAGAAAAAGAAAGACAACGUCAAGCAAAAAAGGAAGAACGAGCGAAGAAAAGGAAGAAAGAGGAGACGGAAAGUAAUGAGACUGGACCUAAGGUCAAGAAGGCUCGCAAGGAUGACGCUGCAAAAAAACAGGCGGCUGCAAACAAGAGUUCCAAACAAUUCCUUUGUGCUGAGCUGAACAAGGUCAUCGAUGCAUCAGAUGUAAUCAUAGAAGUUCUAGAUGCUCGGGAUCCUCUGGGAUCCAGAUGUCCAGAGUUAGAGGAGGCUGUGCUGCAAAGGGAAGGCAACAAGAAGAUCCUUUUACUUCUAAACAAAAUAGAUCUGGUACCUAAAGAAAACGUGGCAAAGUGGGUGGAGUUUUUACAGAAGGAAUUUCCUGUUGUGGCUUUCAAAGCGUCAACGCUAAUUCAGGACAAAACUGUGAAAGCCAAAAAGAGCAGAAUUGUGGCUUCGAACGACAUCCUGGACAGAUCCAGAGGAGUUGCUUGCUUUGGAAGUUCCUGUCUCACUGAUCUGCUGAUGAACUUUGUUACCAAAACAGAGAAUGAGACGAAGCUUAAAGUGGGCAUUGUUGGUUUCCCAAAUGUGGGCAAAAGCAGUCUCAUCAACAGCCUUAAGGGGGUCCUGGCGUGCAACGCUGGUGUCAAGAGAGGCAUGACAAAGUCAAUGCAAGAGGUGCACAUCUCUAAGACCGUGAAGCUCAUCGACAGCCCGGGAAUAGUGGCGUCCCCAUCAAACCCGCCGGCCUCCAUGGCCUUGAGGAGCCUGCAGGUGGAGGAGGGUCAGGACAGCGUUCUGGAGGCAGCGCAGACGCUGAUAAAGCAGUGUGAUAAGACACAGGUUAUGCUGCAGUACAACGUUCCAGACUAUAGAAACUCUCUGGAGUUUUUGACCAUGUUGGCCAAAAAGCGCGGUUUCCUGCAGAAGGGAGGAGUUCCUGACACGCAGCAGGCAGCCGCCAUCUUUCUGUCUGACUGGACCGGGGCAAAGCUAAGCUACCACUGUAAGGUUCCUGGGAAGCACACCCCUCCCGCUUACCUGACGGAUGCCGUGGUCACCGAAAUGCAGAACGGCUGGAAUCUGAAGAAACUGAAAACAGGAAAUGAGGAAACUCUGAAAGGUGUUAAAUUUCCAAACCCUGCGAGCAGCAUAAGCUUCAUCUCUAAAGGCCCAACUUCUGGUGUUCUGCGUGUUUCUGAAGAACAGCCCAGUGCUGCAACCGCAGCGGAGGAGAAGCAGAGCGACGAGGCUGUGGACUCAAAUGAAGCUGUGGAGAAUCCAGAGAAAACACCACAGAGCAAAAAACCCAAAAAAGUGCAGUUUCAGUCAUCGGCCUUGGAGGUGAACCUGACAGCUACGAGUACAGACGACGCCUAUGAUUUUAAUGCCCAUUUUAAAUGAACUUAAGCUUCAUUUCCAGCCAGCGCCUCAGCUCAGAAAGUGUAACGGAAAUUUACAUCGGAUGUUUUCCAUACGUGGAUGAAAUCACCAACAGGAUGAACUUUAUUUUUGAACUGAUGAUUCUGAAGGAAACAAAUCAGUCAAAACAUGUAAAGCUCGACUAUAAUCUUGUAUUCUUUUAAUAACAUCUCGUUGUAUUUCUGCUCUCGGAUGGUGCUUUACUGUCUGUUCCUACUGUAAAUAAUUUGAAUAUAUGUGUAGUAAAUCUAAAGUGACAAAACCA